AUGUUUUGGUGGGGAUGGUUGGUGAAGGAAGCGUCCCCCGUGGGUUGUAGGUUGAUGGGGGGUUGGGGUGGGGGGGUGGGGGGGGUGUGGAAGAAGCAGUUCCCCCCCCCUGUGUGUUGGUGUGGGUGGGGUGGGUGGGGGUGUGGUGGAAGAAAAAAAAAGCGUCCCCCCCCCCCCCACCCCCCUCCCCUUGUGGAGGUUGGUUGGGGGGGUGGGGGGUUGGGUGUUGGGGGGAGGGGGGAGUGGGGGGGGGGUGGGGGUGGGAUUGGUGUUGGGGUGGGGUUUUUGGUGUGGGUGUGGUGGGGAUGGGGUGGGGUGUUGGGGUUGUGUGGGGGGGGGUGGGUGGUGGGGGUUUUUGGUGUAUUUGGGUGGGGGUGGGGGGUGGCCCUUUUUGUCCAAACCGCCUGGGUGGGUUAA